GAAGGUAGGCAACUGUGUAUAAAAUCAAGGGAAGGUAUCGAAAAUGUGACAUACGAGUUGUCACUCUCUAUGCGUUUAAGAUUAUUCCUAGAUCUUUGAUACGAAGCACGAUGCAAUUAAUUACUAUUACAAUUUUUAUUGUUUUUUGUUGUUACGUUAUGCCAUGUAUAGUGGCAAAAGAAGACAUUUUAUCAUCGGAAGAAAAUCAUUUCUCGAAUUUUGAUCAAUCUGUUAUUCAACCAGAAAAUGAACAAUAUUCAGGUGCUAUAUUAAAUAGGCAAAAGAGAACACUUUUGCUAAAGAAAAAGCUUAUCGGUGCGGGACUUUUGGGUUUUGGAUUAGGUGUAGCAAAAGGAUACAAGAUUGGUUAUAAAACUGCUCCAGAAGUUCAUCAUGUAUAUUUGUCCCCUCCUCCAGCAUCCGUGAAAUACGUAGAAUACGUUGAUAAACCUAUUUUUAUUGAAAGGAUAAUUGAAAGACCUGCUCCGAUUUUUAAACCGGUACAUGUUGAAUAUAAAGAUGCUUCUUCUUAUGGAUGGUAAUAUUAAAAAUCAUUCAUUUGAAGGAAAUCACAUAAAACAGAAAAUAAUAAUUGAAUAAUCCAUCAUAAAGCAGUAAAAGAAAAAUUUUAAAAAUUUAAAAGAUAAUAUGUUAUAUGUAUAUUUAUAUACAUAUAUAUGACAU